AUGGCCACGGAAAUUAAAUUCAAUGAAUCGCUAACGCGUAGCGAUCCGCAGCUGCAGCCCGUGUUGAUCAUUGGCCAGCUGCGUCAUCUCAAUCUGCUGAAGUUUGGCCAUUUGGCCAGCAAACUGGAGCCCCGUGUCACCGAGGAGACAUUCAAAAGUGCCAUUGCCUGCUUGCAUCCGGCACCAACGGACAAAUGCUCGUUGUAUCUGGAUGUGGCCACCGUUGCCGCCUUGCCAUUGAAGGCAUCCCGACAUAAUACCGCAUCGCGUGCACACUCGAUUACGCGUCUGGUAAAGAAUCAUGUGCUUAAUGUCAACGAGGAAAACGUCGUGUUGGUCUGCGAGCGCGAGAACAUCUUUGCCAGUGCCUGUGCUGUAGUCCGUGCCUUUCCUCUUUAUUCCCGUAAAACGGGCAGCGGGAGUGGGAACAAGACGCCCAAUGCUGGUGGAGAUGCUGAUGCCAAUCGUUCAGUGAUAAACGUGGAGUUUGUGGUCAUUGAUAAGGAUGGUUGCAUCGAGGAGAAACCACUGACUCAGGAUGAGCUCAACUGUCUGCAGGAGUCAGAGCGUAGCAUACGUUUGGCAGCACGCAUUGUCGACACGCCGUGCAACGAGAUGAAUGUAGACCAUUUCAUUGAGAAUGUGCGCGAAUUUGGCAAAGAGUUGUCUUUGGAGCCACAGAUCAUACGUGGCGAGGAGCUGAAGGAGCGCGGAUUCGGUGGCAUCUAUGGUGUAGGUAAGGCGGCAGCUGUGCCACCAGCUCUCGUUGUGCUCUCCCACGAGCCGAAAGGUGCCCAGGAGACCAUUGCGCUGGUGGGCAAGGGCAUUGUCUACGAUACUGGUGGCCUGAGCAUCAAGGGUAAAACUGCCAUGCCAGGAAUGAAGCGGGAUUGCGGUGGAGCUGCAGCUAUAUUGGGUGCCUUCUAUACGGCUGUCAAGUGCGGGUUCAAGGAUAAUUUGCACGCUGUCUUUUGCUUGGCUGAGAACUCUGUGGGACCAAAUGCCACGCGGUAA